AAUAGUCAGUGCAAAACAACUCAUCCUCACUUGCGAGCUGAACGAAAAUGAACUUCUUCUCUUUUUCCUGCGCUGCACUGGCUUUGGUGCUUGCCACGAGCCUGGUGGACGCUCUCGGAUCGCGAGUUAUCGAUGGCGAGACAGCAGAGCGUGGCCAGUUCCCGUACCAGGUGACGUUGACCGAGAAGCUGCUCGUUCUGUGCGGUGGUGUGUUGGUCCAUGAACGGUUCUUCCUCACCGCAGCUCACUGUCUCUUCGAUGCUAACAACACUCUCCUUCCUUUGAACAACCUGAACGUGUACUAUGGCUCCGAGAAGUUGUUCUCGAACGGGAAAUACAACCGAAUCCGUUCGGUGCUGGUCCAUGAUCAGUACGAACACGGUAGCACCCAGUACGAUCUGGCAUUGGUUGAGGUACGCCGUAGCCUCGAGCUCUCCUUCAACACUCAACCGGUUGCAUUGGCAGAGAGCGCGCUGGAAGAGCAGCAGGCUGUGACGGUGUCCGGAUUCGGACGCACCUCGGAAGCUGGCAAUACGUCGUUCAAACUGAAGCACGCCGAACUGACCACGCUGUCGAGUGGCGAUUGUCAGGAGGCCACCGGGGAUGGUUGGUACGAGGGUGCUAUCUGUCUUGACACGAGCAACGGUGGUGGCUUCUGUACCGGGGACUACGGUGGUCCGGCAGUUUUCAACGGAACGUUGGUCGGCGUCGGUAGCUACACGGUCGGUGGACGAUGCGGUACCGGUCAGCCGGAUGUUUUUGUUGAUGUCGGUCACUUCAGCGGCUGGGUGAAGGCACAGAUUGAUGAAAAGGAAUCGGAAUAGAAUCGAUUGAGUUUGAUUUGAA